AUGUCCAGCGGCCCUGGAGGAGGAGGAGGCGGGAGCGGGCAACAGCAGCAGCAUCAGCAUCAGCAGCAGCAACAUAACACCAGCAGCGGCAACAAUGGCGGCACAACAGCAGCAACAUUGAGCAGCAGCAGCAGCAACAGCAGGAGCAACACGCCAGCAACGUCAACAUCAUCGACUGCGACUGGAACAGGCGCCACGUCCACACUGCAGCGUCGCAUCCUGCGCGGUCAUGCGGCGCAGACAACCAGCGGCGAGCGUGUCCUGCUCAUUAACUACGUGCCACAGUCGGGAGCUGGUGCGGGUGCAACAGCAACCGCAGCCACACAGAGUACGUCCCAAUUGCCCACCCGUAAGAUACUCCAGGCCAGAGCCUCGGCAGCAGCAGCAGCAACUGGGGGAGGAGGCCCAGCAGGAGCUUCAUCAUCCUCGCCACCAUCCACACCAGCUGUCUCGUUCGCCGGACUGGGCUCCGAGGUGACCGUCACCCUGACGCGCACAAAUCAGCGCGCCAGCAUGACCAGUGUCACAGCCGCCGGUCAUAUUGUUAGAAAUCAGCAGGCAACCACCUAUCACCAGAGCACAAACACAGCCACCACAGCAUCGACAUCCAGCGGCACAUCGGCUAUCCAUGAGCACAUGGCCACGUCAACUUCGCCGCCGCCACUGGUCUUCACCCAUCAGUCACACCAUCACCACAGCCAGCAGCAGCAGCAACAUGAGUAUCACCAGGAUCACCAGCUGGUGGACCACCAUCAGCUGGAUCAAGAGCAUAUAAUCAUAGAUCAUCAUCAGCAGGCGGAGGAUGAUCAGUUGAUUGAAUACGAUGAUGGCGGGACGAUUGAGGAGCAGCAUCAUCAGCUGCAAUUGCAGGAGGACCUACACGAUCCCCAGCAGCAGCAACAUCACGACGUUGUCCAAGAGGUGUAUCUCCAGUAAGAGAGAUUAGUCUUAAGCGUAGCCAAAUAAGUUUUAGCCAUUCUUUAAUCAAUUUUGGAACACCCAAAAUGUGUGCAAAACGAAAAAUCGAAUUUGACAAAGCUUUAAUUUGGCAAUUUUUUCAAAAAAUUCUGCUGUAUAUUUAAGUUAUUCCCUUCUUGAAUUUCUAUAAUCUGAUCCUCUUUAAUUGCACACAUUUUGAGAAAAACCAAUACAAAUCGUGUACAUAUAAUACAACCACUUUGAAUAACCCUAGAAGCAAAGAUGUUUUAGAAGACCUUGUUUCAGUUUGUAUAUAGUUUUCCGACCAGGUAGACAAAUAUUUUCCAUUGAAAGUAUUCAGCGUAAAAUUAAAAUAUUGAAGAAUAAAUUCAAUUAUCUAGCGGUUAAUAAAGAUUAUUUUUGUACUAUACAAAUAACGCUACUAAAUAUUUGCCAGUUGAGGAGUAACUGCACAUAUUAAAUAACCAUUGACGAUCUAAUCAAUUAGUUAUUGUCAGUUGAAGAUCAAAACAAACAACGUCAGAAAUCGUAAUCAAUUGUAAGAUAUAUUGACUUCAAUUUAGAAAAACCAAUUUGGCACAUAAUACGGAUGUAAGAACUAAUUCAAUUAUGAUAGUUUGAAAGGUGUUUAAGCAGAGUGGCCCUUAGGAUUACGAAAAAAGAAGAACAUAUUCAUGUAACCCAGACUUUGGGGCCAAGGCAAUAAAGCGAGCCGGGUUGUGUACGGAAAAACCA